CUUAUCUGAUGCUGUAUAUCAUAGAGAGCAUAGUUUUGACAGUUUUCAGUUGUUUCUGUAACAACAGAAAGUGCACGCACUCUGGAAAUAGUUAGAAUUCAAAAUGCUGAAGAGGAAACCAUCCAAUGCUUCAGAGAAGGAGAAACAUCAAAAACCAAAGCGCAGCAGCAGCUUUGGGAAUUUUGAUCGUUUUCGGAAUAAUUUCACAUCAAAACCAGAUGAUUCAACUGAGGUGCGUGAAGGUGAACCCAUAAGUGAAAAUGGAGACCAAAAUAAAGCAUCAAAUAAUGAAGGAGGUCUGGGUAAAAAAAUGAGAGCUAUUUCCUGGACCAUGAAGAAAAAAAUGGGUAAAAAAUACAUAAAAGCCCUUUCUGAGGACAAGGAUGAGGAAGAUGGAGAGGAUGCCACCUCUUAUAGGAACAGUGACCCUGUGAUUGGGACCCACACUGAGAAGGUCUCCCUUAAAGCCAGUGACUCCAUGGAUAGUCUCUACAGUGGGCGGAGCUCAUCAAGUGGAAUAACAAGUUGUUCAGAUGGUACAAGUAACCGGGACAGUUUUCGGCUUGAUGAUGAAGGUCCCUACACAGGACCAUUCUGUGGCCGAGCUAGAGUGCACACAGAUUUCACGCCAAGCCCCUAUGAUACGGACUCCCUCAAAAUCAAGAAAGGAGAUAUUAUAGACAUCAUCUGUAAAACACCAAUGGGAAUGUGGACGGGAAUGUUAAACAGCAAGGUGGGGAACUUCAAAUUUAUUUAUGUGGAUGUCAUCUCCGAAGAGGAAGUUGCUCCCAAGAUAAUUAAGGCACAUCGAAGGAGUAAGAGGGAAAAACCAAAGACACUGCAGGAGUUCUUAGAGAGGCUUCACCUUCAGGAGUAUUCCUCUACACUCCUGCUCAAUGGUUAUGAAACCCUAGAAGAUUUAAAGUAUAUAAAAGAGAGCCAUCUCAUUGAAUUAAAAAUUGAAAACCCAGAAGACAGAAUGCGGUUACUAUCAGCUGCUGUGAAUCUCUUUGCUGAAGAAACUAUUCAAGAGCAAGAAAAUGAAGCUGUGUCCCUAUCCUUAAGCCCAGACAUCUUAAAUAAGUCACAGUUAGAUGACUGCCCAAGAGACUCUGGCUGUUAUAUCUCAUCAGAAAAUUCAGAUAAUGGCAAGGAAGAGCUGGAGACUGAAAAUCUGCCUGCCAUGGUACAGAAGAUUACUAUUACAGAGCCAAGUGACUGA